AAGGAGGGCUCCCGCCCGCUUGAGCGCGGGGCCGCUGGGUGACCCGGCUCCUGCUUGCCCCGCAGCCCCGGCCCCCUGCCCACCAUGAACGCCAGCGGCUCGGGCUACCCGCUCGCCUCGCUCUACGUGGGCGAUCUGCACCCCGACGUGACCGAGGCCAUGCUCUAUGAGAAGUUCUCUCCCGCCGGCCCCAUCCUGUCUAUCCGCGUGUGCCGCGAUGUGGCCACCCGGCGCUCGCUGGGCUACGCCUACAUCAACUUCCAGCAGCCCGCGGACGCGGAGCGGGCACUGGACACAAUGAACUUUGAAAUGCUCAAAGGCCAGCCUAUUCGCAUCAUGUGGUCCCAGCGAGACCCAGGACUUCGCAAGUCAGGUGUGGGCAACAUCUUCAUCAAGAACCUGGAGGACUCCAUUGACAACAAGGCUUUAUAUGAUACCUUCUCCACCUUUGGGAACAUCCUCUCCUGCAAGGUGGUGUGUGACGAGCAUGGCUCCCGGGGUUUCGGCUUUGUCCAUUUUGAGACGCAUGAGGCCGCACAGCAGGCCAUCAACACCAUGAACGGGAUGCUGCUGAAUGACCGCAAAGUCUUUGUGGGCCACUUCAAGUCUCGACGGGAGCGGGAGGCGGAGCUGGGGGCGCGGGCCCUGGAGUUCACCAACAUCUACGUGAAGAACCUCCCGGUGGAUGUGGACGAGCAAGGCCUGCAGGACCUCUUCUCCCAGUUUGGGAAGAUGUUGAGUGUGAAGGUGAUGAGGGACAACAGCGGUCACUCGCGGUGCUUUGGCUUUGUCAACUUUGAGAAGCAUGAGGAAGCCCAGAAGGCUGUGGUGCAUAUGAAUGGGAAGGAGGUGAGUGGGCGGCUGCUGUAUGCCGGCCGGGCCCAAAAGCGCGUGGAGCGGCAGAAUGAACUGAAGCGCAGGUUUGAGCAGAUGAAGCAGGACCGGCUGAGGCGUUACCAGGGUGUGAACUUGUACGUGAAGAACCUGGACGACUCCAUUGAUGACGACAAACUGAGGAAAGAGUUCUCUCCCUAUGGAGUAAUUACCAGUGCGAAGGUGAUGACAGAGGGUGGCCACAGCAAGGGGUUUGGCUUUGUGUGUUUUUCCUCCCCAGAAGAGGCGACAAAGGCCGUGACAGAGAUGAACGGGCGCAUCGUGGGCACCAAGCCACUCUACGUGGCACUGGCCCAGCGCAAAGAGGAGCGGAAGGCCAUCUUGACCAACCAGUACAUGCAACGCCUCUCCACCAUGCGGACCCUGAGCAACCCCCUCCUGGGCUCCUUUCAGCAGCCCUCCAGCUACUUCCUGCCUGCCGUGCCCCAGCCUCCAGCCCAGGCUGCAUACUAUGGCUGUGGCCCGGUGACACCCACCCAGCCUGCUCCCAGGUGGACGUCCCAGCCACCUAGACCUUCCUGUGCCUCAAUGGUCCGGCCACCAGUCAUGCCUCGUCGCCCCCCAGCCCACAUCAGCAGUGUCAGGCAGGCCUCCACCCAGGUGCCACGCAUGGUGCCUCAUACCCAGAGAGUAGCCAACAUUGGUACUCAGACCACAGGACCCGGUGGGGUAGGAUGCUGUACACCAGGCCGGCCUCUCCUGCCGUACAAAUGUUCCUCAGCAGCACAUAGCACCUAUCGGAUCCAGGAGCCGGCUGUGCACGUCCCGGGACAGGAGCCCCUGACCGCAUCCAUGCUGGCUGCGGCACCCCUGCAUGAGCAAAAACAGAUGAUUGGGGAGCGUCUCUACCCCCUUAUCCAUGAUGUCCACACCCAGCUGGCCGGCAAGAUCACGGGCAUGCUGCUGGAGAUUGACAACUCGGAGCUGUUGCUCAUGCUGGAGUCUCCAGAGUCCCUCCAUGCCAAGAUAGACGAGGCAGUGGCCGUGCUGCAGGCACACCAGGCUAUGGAGCAGCCGAAGGCGUACAUGCACUGAAACCAGGCCCAGAGGCGGAAAGUACAAAUAAUAGUAAAAUACAACAUCCUUGUCCUUAAGGAGCUAAGUAUAAGUACCCAAAACCUGUAAUCCAUCUUGAGUCACCAGAGUACGGUUGCUCAGAAACAGCAGUGGUGCGGCAGAAAGGGCAUCAACCCUGCCAUCCUGACAGUCACUCAAUCGCUCUGAUCACGCGUGCCCACCUACCACAUGAGGACAACACUUCACAGACUCGCUGGAAGGGUUCAUUGUGUCAGCCUGUUCCCUGAGCGAUCUUCAUGAUCAAGAAGGCUGAUCAGAGAAAUCAAGAGACUUGCCCAAAAUUACCUAGAAAAUCCGUAGCGGCAGCAGCAGAACCAAACUCUGGUCUUUGCUAAAUCUAGAUACCAGGCUAGUUUUCCUGUGGACCCAGAAUUAACCCAUACAAACGUACAAACUUUCCCAGACCAGCUGUGGUGAGAUGAAUGAAAAUGACAGCAACAUCAGUACCUCAGCUUCCUCAGCAACUUCAUCAAGCAAGGCUGACAUGAGGAAGUGGGCCUAAAGGAGAGUUUUCUAGAAAAAAGAAGAGGGCAAAGGAGUGACUUGAAACUGCAAAAAGUGCAGACCAAAAAAAAAAAAAAA